GGGUGAGAUACCAACGCAGAAGGCUCGUCGGCUCUCCACAUCCAGGAGCGUCCGUCACUUUGUGGGUGGUGGCCUGUUUUAAAUUACAGUAAGCGGAUGACGUCUGCGUCUUAGACGUGCGCGCGCGCGCGUGUGUAUAUACGAUGCUCAGAACAGCGUCAGUUGCGUAUCCUGUAUUUUAAAACGAAAUCGCUGCAGCGGAGCGAUCGUUCAGUUUCUGCGUAAAGGGGGGGCGAGAUCGGCAGCAUCGACCUGUCAUCCGUCAUCGCGUGCAACAUCUGGCGUCAAGACGACAGGCGACGUCCUCUUGUCAUUUGAACGCCGGGAAGAAAAUCCGCGCUCCUUUGUUACGCGCCUCUCCUUUUCUUCUCGUGAAAGACGCAGCCGCACAGUCAGGGAUGCUUAAUAAAUCCAUCCUGCCAACUCGUCUUUGUUUUUGGUCGAUGUGGUUCGAGCCUUUGUCCGUUUUUUUGCGGGGGGUUUGCUGCUCGACGAACGUGGAACAAUAGCCACUCUGCCUUCUGGCGGCACGCUGCACACUCACCGAAGGAGCGCCCUGCCCGGGCACUGUAACACGUCGCUCGCUCGCCAAGGUCCGCCGUCCUCUGCCCGCGUGCUUCUCUGCUCGGCCAUGGCGGCACCGUCCGUAGCCGCGUGGGUCGUGCUGGCGACGGCGGCGACGCUCGUGAUGUCACACGGGUUCAGCGACAUCGAGGUUCACCCGUCAGCGCAGCACCAGCAGCAGGAAUCUCGGGGGGUGGAGCGCUUCCUCAAGCCGGGCCUGGGCGCCUCGGUGCUUCUGCUGGAGCCCGAGCGUGGAGCGCUGUUCGUGGGGGCGCGUGGAGCCGUGCUGCGUCUCACGGCCGCCAACGUCACGUCCAAGCCCAGCCUCGUGAUCCCUUGGGAGGCGAACGAUGCCUCCAAGCAAGACUGCCGGAGUAAAGGCAGGACGGAGGACGAGUGCCACAACCACGUGCGGGCACUGCACCUCAACGGCUCGCGCCUGCUGGCCUGCGGCACCGGCGCCUUCAGCCCUGUGUGCGCGCACUUUGACCCAGAGAGCGGCCAUGCGUUCGGCACGGAGAGCGGCAAAGACAAGUGUCCGUACGACCCGGCGCAGGCGUUCUCCUCCGUGCUCGUGGAUGAGGACCUCUACUCGGCGACCAUGAGGGAUUUCCUGGGAAGGAACCCAGGCAUCUGCCGCAGCUCGGCUUCGCAAACCCUCGUCCGCACGGAGGACUCAGCCAAGUUUCUCAGGAAUCCUGCCUUUGUGGCCUCGGAGGUGGUGGAGCCCGGCGAGGGAGGGGGCGGCCGCCACGUGUACUUCUUCUUCACCGAGACGGCCAUGGAGUACGACUACAUCUUCCAGCCGCGGGUGGCGCGCAUCGCUCGUGUCUGCACGGGGGACAGCGGCGGGCAGCGCGUGCUGCAGAAGAGGUGGACCUCCUUCGUCAAGCUGCGGCUCGAGUGCUCGGUGGCCGAACUGCAGCUGCCGUUCAGCAUCCUGCGCGACGUGUCCACCCUGCGUCCCGCGCACUCCGGCGGGCACGGGGACAACAGCGACGGCGACAUGCGCUUCUACGCCCUGCUCUCCUCGCAGUGGGGAGACCUCCCGUACUCUGCCGUCUGCGAGUACACGCUGAGCGAUGUGGAGGAGGCCUUCGCUCGGCCGCCUAAAAGACCGUUCACCAUCGGGCCGGCAGGCUCCAGCAGGACCGUCACUCUGAGCCCCGGCACGUGCAUCACUCCCAAGCUGAGGGCUCUCGGCAUCGAGUCGUCCCAGGACCUCCCGGACGACUACCUGGCGUGGAUGCAGGACCACCCGAGGCUGCAGGAGACGCUGCGGCCUCGCGAAGGCCUCCCGCUGCUGCUGAGCCGCAGCCACGCGUACACGAGGGUGGCGGCCGCCACGGCAACCGCGCUGGACAACCGCACGCACCUCGUGCUCUACCUGGGCACGAGAAACGGGUCGUUACACAAGGCGGUGCGUGUGGACGGGAAGACUCACAUCGUCUCACAGACGCAGCUCUUCGCUCACAACGAAUCCAUCCUCAGCAUCGUCGUGUCAGCCAGCACGGGCACGCUGUACGUGGCGGCCUCCUCGGGCGUGGCCCAGCUGUCUCUGCACGGCUGUGCCAUGCACGGGGGCUGUGAGCGCUGCCUCCUGGUCCGAGACCCCUUCUGCGCCUGGGACACAUUGCGAUCCCUCUGCACGGCCUUGCGAGCAGGGGACUCCCCACGAGAGCUGCUUCAGAAUCUCACGAUGAUGGAAAGCGACGUCGGUCUCAAGUGUGGCAGGAGAGGAGGUACGCACGUCCACACCAGCCGCAGUUCCAGUGUCACAGAAUUGCCGAAGAUGGGCCGGAGCAUGGUGGCCUCAGGAGCAAGCGCCGACGUCGCGAACGCCGCCGCCGACGACGACGCCGACGGCCGCCGGCAGCCGCUGUCGAAGCGGCCCGCGUCGGGCCCGCUGCUGAUCGCGCUGGGCGCGCUGGUGGCCGUGUCGCUGUGCGUGCUGGCGCUGCUCGCCUGCUGGUGCUGCCUGCGUCCGGGCGGCAUGGCGCGCCGCCUGGGCAAGGGCGUGAGCCACGAGCCGCUGGACCAGCAGCCGCGCGGCAAGGGCGAGGGCGCGGCGACGAACGGGCACGCCGGCGUCAUCGCCGCCGCCACCGGCGACUCCUCCUCAUCCUCCUCCGAACGCGCCGUGAACGGCGCCACCGUCGUGGAGAGCGCCAACGGCGUGACGCGCGUCGCUCCGCUGGCGGGGGAGGAGGAGCUCCUCUAGACGUCGCCGUCGCUCAGAGUUUUUUUUUUUAAAUCUCCGAAGGGUUUUAAUUUAUUUAUUCCCCCCUCUUCUCUGCUUGGGAGAGUGGCAGACCUUCUUCACGGACGGGUGACAACGGCAGUGAAGUGCACUCAAGCCCGUCGCGGCGUUAAAGGUAAAAGUGCGGCCCUGCGAUAUGAUGUCUCACGUGUCCCUCCCCCAUCCCCCCCCCUCCCCCCGGCUGGUGGAAGUGCCUCCUCACACUCUCUGAAGGAGCUCUGAGAAAGCGCCUCCAGAGGCCCCUUCGUCUGCUAGUCCACACUGGCCCAACGUCUCCUGGAGGAGGAGGAGGAGACGUGAGUGCACACACUUCAUACCCCACCGCACGCGGCCUGCCGGGCGUCUCGCUGCCGCGUGCCCAUUCAUGCCGGCGAGUGGACGGUGACGGUGGCGGAGAGGGGGCAGGGAGGAGGGGUCGGCUUCAUGAAGUUGCCUCGUUGUUUCAACUGACGCGCCGUGAGAUGCCGAGUGCGAUGCCCGGAGCGUGACACUGCAGCAGCAGCAGCAGCGCAGCAUGGAAGGGUCUGCGCGACAUUGGGCUGCGGCUCGAGGCACCGCGAAUGGAGGGAAGAUGCGUGGAUUAUAACAACUUGGGAGGAAAGUGCUCAGGGAAAGUGUUCGAUUUUUUUGGUUUUCACCACCAAUCAGCCGGUGUGGUUGACCCGAUGCCUUCACUUUCAAGAAAAUGCUUCGGGUCUGAGCGUGCGCAUCACUGCCCCCCCCCAAAAAAACCCAAUGACUUGAAAAUCCGUCGAGGACGGAUAACGAAGAGGAUCACCCACGUGACAUCGACGACGAUGAUUUUCACCACAAGUCCCAACAUGGUCCGUCCCUCUUAGCGCUCCGCACGAUGCUCCCCUGCGCUCCACAUGCCGACAUCGAUGCCGGCCAAUUUGUGAUCUAUCGCCAAGUCCACAUCUACCGGACACGCGUUCUGCACCAGCAGCGCUAGCAGGCAGCACAUUCCGCACAAGGUCCCCGCGUCCUGCAGCGCUGCCUACUGCCCAGACAUCAAAUCAAAACCUUAAAAUCUUCGCUUGCCACUGAUGUCGGUGCAUCUUCAAGGCUACGUUGCUCGCCGAACCUGCAGCGCAGCGCAGACAAGCAAGCACCCAUCGGCACGCCCCGUGCGGGAAGGCACCGUGCGGCUGCCGGUCCCUUGAGCCGGGCCGCAUGGGCGUUGGGGACACGGGCUCCGUGUCCGGAAGCCUCCCGUGGCACCAGCUCGAGUUGGUGCGCGCACGUCUUGAUAGUCGUGUGGCAGCCGCCCCUCCCUUGGGCCUGGUGGCUCCUGCUGCUGCACCGUUUGGCCUGCUCUGUCCGGAGCUGUCUUCAUUUCUCUCCAGCCAUCUCCUUCUGGACGCUGCUCGCUUACUGCCUUUUCUCCUGCUGUCACCUGCUGUCACCUGCUGUCACCUGCUGUCAAGUCUUAUCUGAUGUGCCCUGCUUGUCCCGCCAUAUCCUUUUGCCCUUUGCUGUGUCGUUCCCGUCCUGCUGCACCCCUGCCAUCCCGUCAUUAACUGCACUGCUGUACCAUGCUGCACCCUGCCAUCCCGUCAUUAACUGCACUGCUGUACCAUGCUGCACCCUGCCAUCACGUCAUUAACUGCACUGCUGUGCCAUGCUGCACCCUGCCAUCACGUCAUUAACUGCACUGCUGUGCCAUGCUGCACCCUGCCAUCACGUCAUUAACUGCACUGCUGUGCCAUGCUGCACCCUGCCAUCCCGUCAUUGACUGCACUGCUGUGCCAUGCUGCACCCUGCCAUCACGUCAUUAACUGCACUGCUGUGCCAUGCUGCACCCUGCCAUCCUGUCAUUAACUGCACUGCUGUGCCAUGCUGCACCCUGCCAUCCCGCGCUGUCUCCAACUCUCUCCUGCUGUCCUUUGCUGUAACCUGCACUAAUCCCUGCCGUCCCUGGCUUCCUGGUGCUGCACUGCUGUUCGCCCCUUGCUGUUCCCUCUUGGGCCCCAUGUAAACAGGGUAUUCCUGGCCACCCAGUACGGCGCUGUUUCAUCUGUCAUCGAUGCUUCUGUCUGAUAUUCUUGAGCCGGGGUGUAUGUUUGCGCAACUUGGCGGAGGGUGGGGUAUUUAUCUCGCGACAUGUCACGUAAUGUAUUUCGAUGUUCGUUUAACUGUAUUUAUUUAUAAUUCGUUCAAAAUGUUUCAUUUCGGUGCCUUAGUUUGGGCUUCCCCCCACUUCUCCGAGCCCCCGUUUUGGGACCACCUCUCCGCACAUUCGCCGCCGGUCGGCGGGGUUCAGGGGUCGCGGCGGUGAAGUGACCGCCCAGUAGUCGAAGCCGACCGCCGGCCCUCCCCGCGCCUCCGCCGCAUGUCCCCCUGACCCCGCGCGGCGAGAGACCAAACAAAGAAACUUUGGGUAGCUGCGAAGUCGCUGAAUGAUUCGAUCGCGGCUGGCAGCGCGCCACCGCACACUCGCGACCUCGCAGACUUCUGCGAGCGCUCACGCGGGCCUGCGGAGUGUUGAUCGUGAACCUCGACUGUGAACGAUGCUGCCACCCGUAACUGCGCGUGGCGACCUUUUGCUCCACGCGCCGGGAUCUCCUUCAGGAGAGAUUCAGUGAUUUAGUUCCCGAAGACGCUCCCGGCACGUGGAGCGAAACGUCGGGCUUUAGGCCGAAGCGUUCGCGCGGUCACGAGCGGAACAGCGCAUCGGAGAACGACGCAGCCGCCGCGUGACAGAAGCCUCCCAAUCGUUCGUGCACGAGUUGCAGAACCGCGCCGGCGAUGUGCAGAUGCUGCACCCUCGAGCCCUUCGCCGUGGCUUUCCCCGACGCUUAUUAAACGCGACCGCCGGGCGUCCUCCUCCAUCGCGUGGGGGAGGAAUCGGGUGGGCGGCUGAGUCACUCGAAGAGAUUCACCUCGAGUUGGUGUCCUUUCGCUGAACCCGGGAGGCGAUCGCACGCCGUGGCGGGGUCAGGGGUCGGGGCAGCCCACAGGCGCGCUCUUGGCCGGCGACGUUUCGCUCCGCCGCCUUUGUUGACGAACCCCAAAAUUCUUCUUGGUCUCUUGAAACUGAGCUCCGGAAGCUGAAUAGUCGCGAGGCGUCAUUUCAACUCGACUGGCUACACAAUGCCAAUGACGUCACGGCACCGUUAAUGAAUUAUAUCUCUGUGACAGCGGGCAAUGCAGUUUAGUCAUAAUAACACGUCCCAUAAUAAUACUACCCAUAAUAACACUUCCCACACAGAUAAUUCUGGGGGGUGGAGGGGGAAUUCUAAAGCUGUGAUGUCACGCCUGGCCUUGGGGGAGUGGGCACAAUUAUCAAGGCCAACUCGGUCACACGGACGAGAGGAGGAGGAGGCACCAGAUAUUUGUGAACCUGGGGGAACUUUGUCGCUGUUUACACAAUUUUUACACACGCGUCAUACGGCAUGCGAAUAUAACGAGCUUCACACGAAUCGCUGAUGCGCAGCACGUCAGAUGUCGCGGCAAGUUAUUAUGAAUCGCGAGUUAUUUUUAUGGAGCUACAGCCCAAUUAUUUGUAGUGUAACCUUCAACCGCUGGACACAGCGAAAACAAAUAUAAAAAAUUGUCGCGCUCCGUACAAAGCGUCUCAACCACCGCAACUCUCACUAUCAAAUGUAGCAGCGAUGAAAUGUGCAACGUUUAGCCUUGGAACUGCGUCAAGCCAUCCUCAGCAAGUGAGAAUCACUGCAUCACCUGGCCUGGAUUUUUAAAUAAGUGAUCAUGACCUCACGGGAAUAACCCCGAUUUCAACUGGAUAUGAACCAUUACAAAUGAAUUUAAUCAAAUUUCAUCCUAAUUUAUCCAGACCGACGAUUAACAUUAUACGCAUUUUUGCUCAUUAUAACUACUCACGAAUAUACUGUACUCGUAGCCUGUAGCAGAGUUUAGCUAUAUUGGUCGGUGCGGAUUUGUGAAGGAGGCGAUCAUACAAGCGGGAGCAUAGACAUAGAGUGCGAACCAAGGAAUUGGCUGCGUCGCCCCCUUGCUGUUCACCACGCCACCUCGCCCGUUGUUUGUGCACGGCGGUCACCUCCGCACGAGCACUCCCCAGCCUCGAGCCCUGCUUAGCUUGCGAGAUCCGAUGGGGCCGGGGCACAUUCCGGGCAAUUUGGUCACCCGGUAGGGGUCGGCACUCUGUGUACCUCCUUGCGGACCGCUUCGUGACGCCGUGCGACUCACGCACGCACGCGCACGCGCAUUGCGGCUCUUGGGAUAUUGAGUACUGCACCGAAUUCGAAAGGAAAAACUGUCUCUCCUUGUUAUUUUGGUUGUCGAGCCCCACCGGUCUUAGGUCACAUGGGGACUCGAGAUUGAGGGAGGGGGGGUGGAAGUUCACGUCUGAACAGGGGUGCAAAAUGGUACGAAUAGUCGGGAAUUGGCAUCGGCUUCGCGUGUCCGUCUGUUGUGUUGGGCCACGUUUCGCGGUUGGUCACGUACGGUGGUGUGAAAUAAGUUCACCAUACAUACAACAUGCAAACAUGCAACAUACAAACAUGCAACAUACACACUGUUCAUUGGUUGCAUUUCCUGGCCUGUGCACCGAGCUCUCAAGAGGUCGGUGCGGAGUGGCCCCACUCGCCAACUUCCACUGCAUGAUACAGAAAUGAAAACGUGUCGCCCUGUCUAUGCAUGCUUGCCCACCGUGUGUAACGCAAGUCAGGCCGCAUUCCCCGAUGUCACGCCGCUCAUUCGAUGAUGUACAUACUCGAUGGGAGUUGUGCGUUGGUCGACCGCAAGCUACACGGACGUUUGCGGUGCAUUCCGACUGCAGAGGACAUCGUGAAAGCUGGACUUGUUUUUCGUAU